CAAACCCAAGCAAGAACUCAGUUUUUGAAUAUGGCAGGUAGAAACAUUUGGGGGUUGAAGCAGUUGCGUCUGCAGAUGCUAUGCAAAAGAGGGAACUUUGAAGCUAUUUGCAGGAGAUGGUCCUCCUCAACAUCAUCACAAGUGCAUGAGAAUUGCAAAGCCUCCCUGCUGAAGAAGUUGAACGCCAAGAUUCCUGAAGAGAGCGACAAUGUCUGCAUCUACCAAGUCCCCGCGAAACUGCGUCAAGUAGAGGCAGAGGCGUACGAUCCGAGCAUCCUAUCGAUCGGCCCUUACCAUCGCGGAGAUCGACACUUGAAAGAAAUGGAGGAGCUAAAGCUGAAAUUCUUCCACAGGGUUUUCAGGUCGAAACAGGAAAGUGAAGUUGAACUAGAGAGAGUGAUCUCGGCAAUGGAGGAGCUCGAACCCAAGGCUAGGAGUUGUUAUGCCGACGAAGUUAAGCUGAGCAGAGACGAGUUCGUUGAUAUGAUGGUCAUCGAUGGCUGCUUCAUCCUGCAGCUCCUGAGGGAGGUCGGCAGCUGUCGUUCUUCUUCGUCCCUCGUUCAAAGGUGGAUGUUGCCGACGCUGCGCCGUGAUUUAAUCAAGCUCGAAAACCAGCUCCCAAUGAUAGUUCUGCGUGAAUUGCUCGAUAUGAUCGAUGAUAGUUCUCAAUGCGAAUGCUCGGUUCUUUCCCUACAGGAUCUCGCUUUGAAGUUCUUCAAUCCAUUAUUGCAGAGGGACUCGCAUAUGAAUGCGGCCGGUGCCACUGCUUCAAUGAAUAGGACCUGUCACUUUCUUGAUCUUUUCCGAUCCAGCAUUCUCCCGGAGAUACAGGAUCAGGACCGGAAAAGGCAACCGCGCAUGAUCCAAUCUAUAACUGAGUUGACGGAAGCAGGAGUGAUGCUCGAGAAGCCACAGAAUGACAGGGCAUUAGAUAUUCGAUCUGAGGGACGGGUCCUAAAGAUUCCACCACUGCACAUAGACGAUCACAGAGGCACGUUGUUCCGCAACAUGGUGGCCUUCGAGCAAUGCCACAAGAAAUGCAAACCCGAUGCAACAGCAUAUGUGUUCUUCUUCGACGGGCUCGUGAACUCGGCAGGCGAUGUGGAGAUUCUCCAUUACAAAGGCAUAGUCCACCACUCCCUUGGAAGUAACAAGGAGGCGGCGAAUUUGGUGAACAAGCUGUGCAAAGAAGUGGACUGGGAUGGAGAAGAGUCGUAUCUGCACAAAGUGGUGUGCGACGACAUCGAUGUCUACUUCAUGAGCAGGUAUGCGAAGCUCAGAGCACGCCUUGUUCACUACUACUUCAGCAACUGGGUGGUCGGGAUUUCAACGGUGGCAGGACUGUUCGCGCUUUAUCUGACAUUAAUCCAAACAGGUUGUGGAGUCGCUGACUCACUGAAAGCUCUGAAGAAGAAUAGCUUCUGGGCAUACCUAAGUGAUUCCUUUUCUUUGCUCUUCUCUCGCCCCUCCACCCCUUUGCCAGAUCCAGAGGAUUCGAACCAGGAAUGA